GCGCUCGGGAGUUUUUGAUCCCGACCCCGUCGUGCAUGAGAGCCGUCCAACAAGAGGGAAGAAAGAAUGCUACCCCCAACUGCCUCCAUGGCCAGGGUGAUUACCCUUCUUCAAGCUACACAGCUUCCGCCAUGGGAGCUAGUUCGCGUUGCGGGGACCGUUAGUGGGCUCUUGCUCUGCAAGAUGUUCUCGUCUUCUUCUUCUUCUUCUUCUUUUUCUUCCUCUCCUCCUCCUCCUCCCUCUUCUCCUCCUCCCUCUUCUUCUUCUCCCUCUUCUUCUUCUCCCUCUUCUUCUUCUUGGAUGUACUCUGCUUCCCCUGCGUUUCUGAGUGUAGCAGCUCAGUACGACUUCAAGCGAAGGUUGCAUUUCAGUGCGGAGCCGCGACAUGAAGAAAGCAAGGAAACAGACCAUGUCGCUGCUAGUGACUGUUGCGACGAAGCUGAACUGGUGAGCCAUGGAGACACAGGAGGAGGAGGAGGAGGAGGAGGAGGAGGACGAGGUGAAGAUGGAGUGAUGUAUCGCAUGCCAAUGGACGUGGCACGAGCGGCGGACUUGCGAUCAAUGAGAGAAGGGAUGGAAGAGGAGGAACGAAGAACAACCAUAGCUCUGGAGCAGCUUGCCGAUGACGAAUGGUUCACGCCAUUUCUUUUCCCUUGGGAAAGGCCAAUCCUUUCCAGCAAACAUCAUGGACAGCCGAUCGGGCCCUUCACGAAGGCGUACUGGGCUAUAUUCGGGUUGGUUGUGGCUGCAGGGUCUGCAAAAUCCAUCAUCCGAGGAGAUCAGGAGCGGUUUGCUGCAAACGGAUCGCCAACAUUGAUUCAGAAAAGCAGCGACUUCAAAUAGAAGAACAAGAACGAGAGGAAGAGAGGGGGGGGCAAGACAGAUUUUUCUGUGGCACAGCUAGGUUGCUGUGCCUCUGUCCGAGUACGAACAGCCGAGCAGCUAGUACAUUGCCGCAUCAAUCAAGUAGCUAGCGAUUC